AGAGAAAGAAAGAAAGAAGAAGCUCAGCUUCAGAUUCUUCUGUUUCACUAUCUUCGAUUUUCUCUUCUUCACCGAUCCUACGGCAGCUCUUUUUACCCCUCGCCUUCUCUUUGAUCGGUCUCUUGCUCGAUUUUUCUUUGGUUUGUUGCUUUUUGUCCUGGAACUUCUGUGGCUUCGUGCAAUAUCUUGGUUGGUGGGUUAUAGUUAUAGUUUUCUAGUGCUGUGGAGUUUGAUACAAAUUACUUGCGGCGGCGAGGACUCUUAUUUGGUGCUUCAUCGGGUCAUGGGUGCUACCAGUGAAGGAUUGUCUAUUGCCAUGUCUGAUCAUACCACAAAGUCAUACCAAGAAGGAAAUGGAAAGUCAAUGCGACCCUACCAUUCAGCUUGGUUGGCUCACUGGUCACGGCCAGGCUGCAAAUCUGCGAACGGGGCCAGUAAUAGUUUAUCGACCAGCGGUGAGUCUAGUGAAGAGAGUUCUCAAACUAAGAAACGCCCCUUGCUGGAUGGUCCAAUGCCAACAGCUACUGGCAGUAUAAAACAUGACAUUGGAUUUGGAGAAGUAGCAGGAGUAGGUGCAGAUAAUCCCAACAAUAAGAGUUUGACUAUGAUGAGAUCUAAGAAGAGAAGGAAAGAAAGGUUAGAUUCUGAGCUCUUUCCUAUGCUCAGUGUUUCUCAGCAUAGAGGGGGUAAACUGGCUCUGAAUAUUGAACAGGCUACGGCUAGUCAAGGUGGAGCUUUGAAAUUUAACACUGGUUCCAGCUCUGGGCACCAAACUUCGUCUCUCAAUGGGAACGGGAGUCGAUCGUCAUCGCUGCUUGCAGUAGUUCCUGAAAGAGGUAAUCCCAAGAAGGAACAGAUAAACUCCAGAGACAUUAGAGUGUAUCAAAACGAGCAUGAGAAUUCCAAUAAGUUUUGUAACAACAACGCUUUAACUGUUUCGACAUUUGUUGGAGAUGAGACUAUGGGAACAGCUUCCAACUUUAUACCAUAUGGAAUGAGUAACAGGAUUCCAUUCACCGCAUAUGAACAAAACAUCCACGACGAACCGAGUUCCUAUUUGUCAUCCAAAGAACAGGUUGGAAAUACUAAUUUCCACACUUAUUCUACUCUUUUUGUUCAAGAAACUAAAAUCAACCAACUUUUGGAUUCAACGGAAGCUACAAAUGCAAUGUCAAGGCAGCAGCACAUGACAACGUUUUUACUGCAUAAUCCCUCUUCAAGCAAUCGUGAUACUAGGAAAACCAGUUCUAGUAGCUUGCCGUUUCAAAGCCAGAGCAACCAUGCUGACACUACCAUACCAGAAUACUUAUAUCAUGGAGUUUACCCAAUGCAGAGACUUCCAUAUUCUGUCCACGACGUCGAAACUAUGAGAAUAUGUACCACUGUCGACUCCGUUGGACAGGCUCUGAGGGGACCUCCAAAGUUUUCUCAGACAACUCACCGUCUUAUGAUCACUAAAAAGACUGAUGUUGACUUGUAUGAAGGUCAGGAGUUUAGAGGGGCAGUGGCUUCUACCAAUCUCAAAGAAAAAACAUCAUGUGCACUUCUUAGUUUAUCCACUGAUUUUGGCAGACACGAUCAGAAGGAAAAUGAAUUGAUACAACCUUCUAGCACUGUUGACGGAGAAAAUGAAAAUUUCGGAAAUAUGAGAAGUGCAACUUCUCUGAGCAAUGAAUCAUCAUCUGAAACUGAUAUUAUGGACAUGGAUGCAUUCCAAGAGAAUCAUUUGAGGGGCAUGGAUACAUCCCAAGCAGAUGAGGAUUUGAGGAGCUCAAAAUCAUCAUUCCCCUCUGCGAGCGCAACUGCUUUUCCAAAGAAAAGAUUACUUGAUAUAAAUGAAAGGCCACCGAAUCGUUCUACUUCUGCGAGCUUGAUGGACAACAUGGAAUCAAGUACCUCAAAAACACAAAGUUUUGACGUAGGAUACCUCCUUUCAAAUGCCGAGCAGCCAAGAGUUUUGAACUCCACUGUCCCUCCAGAUGACUCGCCUAAACGGGAGAGAGACAGCGGGUGGCUUAACCGUCUUAGGCCAUGUGCUUCAGAGUCUGUUCAUGAUAUAAAGAGCACGAAGAAGGAAGAAGCCUCUUCCUGUGAUAAAGCCAAUCAGCUCUUUAACAAAACGAAAUGCAGUUCAACCAAAUCUGACCGCUCUAUGGCUCCACUCCAUGGACAAGAACAAGUGGCAGUUGGUCAGACAGCAACUAUAGUAAAGGAUAGCGACUUAAGCAGCAACCCAAGUGCAAAAAAUCGAGAAAUUAUGCUCUACAAUCCCUGGAUCCGGAGAUUGUGUCAUAAGAAUAGACCAGCGCCUUCUGAAAGGAAUCUUGAAACUACUGUGGUUCAAACACCACAGCAAAAACCACAGUAUACAAAACGAACAUUAGUUCAGCCAUUUCCUAGUGUAGCUGCUAUGGCAUUGAUGGGCAAGACAGUGGCUGGGCUUCCCCAAUGCGAGUUUAGUAGAAGAGGUUCUUCUUUAGUUUGGAAUACUCAGGGUAUUUGAAAGCCCCGAGUCAUUCAGGUUUCUGCCUGGCCGUCAUCAACUCUCCCAAGAAGUUUGAACUGCUAGAGAGACCAUGAAUGCUGCUUUUAUAGUUUUCUAAAUUUUCAUUGACCUUUAGUUGUCUGCUUCAGGCCUUGGGGCUAAAUUAAGCUGUUGGAUAAGCUCGUUACACUCGUUACCACUAGAGUGAGGGAGAGAAAGCUGCUGCUGCUGCUGCAGCCGCCUCGUUUCCCCCUGGGGCUAUAGGGAACGUGAAGCAUCCAUCCAUUUUAUAGCAAAGAAACGAGCAGCGAGCUUGUAUACAAUUUUAUAGUUUUAAUGAUUUGUAUUCUGCGUGGAACCAUUGAAAGUGCAGAUACUGCAUUUUCCCUUCUCAAUAUAUGGUACCACUUUUUGCA